AGGCAUUUAAUCUAUCGAGACCCCGCUGGUUCAGCCUAGCUCGGGAAUUCUCUCGGAGCUAAGCACAACUCCAGCUGCUUUAUUAAAGCGGCAUAUUAAACAGCCGCGGUGAAAAUAUUUAUUCUAAAAUAUCUGUUAUGAAAUUUAGUCAGGCCUAACAGAAGCACAAACCCAAGGCGCUGGCACUGUAGCCCUUUUGAGGAUUUGUUUGACAAAGCUGCAGCCCGCCUGUCAUCUCCUAUGAUGUCAGCGGCAUAUGAACACUGAUAGGAGCCCUCGGCAGCCCCAGUUAGUCUUCACCUGUCCGCGCUUACUUCUUCUUACCUGCAGAAGUUAGCGCUCCGAUUCGCAGAGUUUCUACAUCGCGGGCACGAUGCUGUUCUACGGGAGUUGCAGCUUGCUGCUGGCACUGGUGACUUUUCACGGCGCCGCUCGCACCGAAAUGGUGUUCCGUUGUCCGAGCUGCACCGCGGAGCGCCAGGCUGCCUGCCCGAUGCUCACGGAGACGUGCGCGGAGAUCGUUCGCGAGCCCGGCUGCGGCUGCUGCCCGGUGUGUGCCCGGCAAGAGGGCGAGCUGUGCGGCGUUUACACACCGAGGUGCUCCAGUGGUCUGCGGUGUUAUCCCAAGCCGGACUCGGAGUUGCCCCUGGAGCAGCUGGUUCAAGGGUUCGGGAGAUGUGGACGUAAAGUGGACACCGAGCCCGCUGGUAGCGCAGAGCCCCGGGAAGUCAGCGGUGAGGUGCAGGACUCUUUGGACAUUGGUCUGACUGAGGUUCCUCCUAUAAGGAAGCCCACCAAAGACAGUCCAUGGAAGGAGAGCGCUGUCCUUCAACACCGUCAGCAGCUAAAGACCAAGAUGAAGUACAAUAAAGUUGAGGACCCUAAAGCGCCACAUGCCAAACAGAGCCAGUGUCAGCAGGAGCUUGACCAGGUCCUGGAAAGGAUUGCAAAAAUACCCUUCAGAGAUAACAGGGGCCCCCUGGAGGACCUUUAUUCCCUGCACAUGCCCAACUGUGACAAGAGAGGGCAGUACAACCUGAAACAGUGUAAGAUGUCAGUGAAUGGACAUCGUGGUGAGUGCUGGUGUGUGAACCCGCACACAGGUAGACCCAUCCCCACCUCUCCGCUGAUAAGGGGUGAUCCCAACUGCGGCCAGUACCUCGAGGACCUAGACAUGGAUCCCUCUCUGGACCCUCAAAACUAACAAUGUCCUAAACCUCCCUAUCCCUUGCCACCUUGACCUUCAAGCCUACAAACCCACACACCCUUGCCCCUAAAGGAGUCAGUGUUUUACACUCUCCAAACAAGCUAUACCUUAUGUGUUUAUACAUUUUUGCGCUUAUAGAUUUGAGAUGGUUUGAGACAGUAUUGUUACAGUUAAAGUACAGAUAUAACUGAACUGAUAGAACUGAUAGUAUUCAUUCAAUCCAAGCUAAGUAUCGACAUAUGACCAGAGGACUGAGAUUAGUAGGCUAAUGCUACUACGUUUCUGUAGGAAAAUAACUAGGAUCGUAGGAUUGUAAACUUGCUGUUAACACUUUCACAUACUUCGUAUGUAUACGUUGUAUUUCUCACAUGAUGUUACUGGUGCUAUUUGUUUCAAUACACUUCCUUUAUAGGUUGGCCCUUCUCAUACUGUGCAGGAAAUGGCUUUUAUUGGAUAGGACAGUGUUCCUUUUGACAAACGGUGAAGCACUGCAUUGCACAGUAAGUCGGUGAGCUAGUGCCUUUUAGAUUAGAUUUACAGAAAUACAUUAUAUAGAGCUGCUCAUAAAGUUUUUGCUUAAAAACCCCUAACACAGUUAGUACUAAUGCAGUUGAUGUUCUGUUCCAAUUGCAUAUAACUACUGACAUCUGGUGGUCACACAGGAAGAGAAAAAGAUUAUAUAAUGCUGCAUUAAAAAGAUGUGUUCAAUUGAUUUAAUAGAGCCUUUCACUAAUUAUUUUAACUUAACAUUGUGAUUUACUUCAAAUUUUACAUACAGUUCAAUCUUGCUGUUAGGUGUCAUUGUCACUUGGUAUUUUGGACCCAAUGUUUUACAUGCACACAAAUAAAGAAGUAUUUCAAGGUAUUACUGUAGGUUUUUUAUAGGCAGAACAAACACAUUAAUAAAAUAAAAAAUUCAAUAUUUGAAA